UAUGGAUAUAAUAUUCAGGCUCUCCAUAAGGAAUUUGGAGCCCAGGAAUUUUUUGAAUUCAUUGCCGUUUAUGGUAUCUUACACCUCUACCUAUUCAAUAAUGAAUGCAAGUUUCAUAGGAGUGAUCUUUGGAGUGAUAUAUUUUGAGAAUAAAUAUAAACAAUUCAAUAUAAAUGGGAAACUACAAUGCUUAUGGGCCCUACUGUUCCUUGGAUUGCCUUUGAUGGCUAUCAUGAUAUCGAGCAAGGAGUCCAGGGGAAUUUCAGCUGUUAUUUUGGGACCAAUAGUGAAACCACUGUUCGUGUCAGGUAUUGGAAUCGGGAUUCUGGGAAUGUCCCAUGGAAUAGGAGGUAAUAUGGUUAUGACAAAAGUGGUUCAGAUUGAACAGUGA